AGCGCAGCGAGCGACCCGGAGGCGGAGCCCUCGCUAGUCCCUCCCUCCCGGUUCCUGGCCUCCCCUCACCCCCCCAGCCCGCCUGCGGCCGAGCUCCAACCUCGCGGCCUCCCCCUGGCGGCCGGCUCUUAGGCCGGGGCGCGCGUAGCCGGCGAGGGAACGAUCGAACGAUCGGGCGGGUGGGCUGCUGGUUACCGGGUGAGGAGAAGGCGGGACAGGCCAGGCCCGCGGACAGGCCUGGAGCUGCUCAGACCGGAGCGGCCCGGCCAGCGCGAACCUCCCCCCCAGCGACUGGAGCCGCCUUCGACGCCCCCCGCCGCGCCGAGGCCGGGGUUGAGGCCGAGCCGAGGGCGGCGCGGAGGAGGAGGCGGGGGGCGGGGGGAGGGGGCUCAGGCCGCGCCCCCAUCCCCCCACCCCCGCCGCCAGCCCGAGCCGCCUUCCUAGCAUAUUCCGGUCCCCGCCCCCCACCCCCACCCCGGGGCCGCAGGUUGCUAUGGGAAUUCCGUGUAACAGCAUGAAAGGACAAUCCCCCCAGUGAUGUUAAUUUGCCUGGCCUGAAGAGACAAGUGUGAACAGUUCUUGUGCCAACCUUAAUUUCACUGCUAUGGCAACAGAUUCGGGCGAGCCGGCAAGCACCGAAGACUCGGAAAAACCUGAUGGGGGCUCUUUGGGCAAUGGAGCUCUCCCGGUGGCCGCAGGGUUAGUGAUGGAGACGGGGCCAAAGGAAGACGCCAGCGGCUUCCCCGUAACUGGGGAGACCUCCGGGAGGACCGCCGAGAGGACCAGGGUCUUUCGGAAGAGCACGGAGAUGAUGGACGAUGAGCAGGGUUCGGAGCCAUCUCCUAAAGCCGACCACCCCCGGGGCACUCCAAAAACAGCUCGCCUGGCUAGCCCCGGGAGACCGUCAGGCUCCAAACCGAUUUCUGAGACCUCUAAAGAGAAAAGCGAAAAAGAGAUAGAGGAAGAAGCAGAAAUGAAGGCAGUGGCCACUUCCCCAAGCGGCCGCUUCCUGAAGUUUGACAUCGAGCUGGGCCGAGGAGCCUUCAAGACAGUGUUUAAAGGGUUAGACACAGAAACCUGGGUGGAGGUCGCCUGGUGUGAGUUACAGGACCGGAAACUGAGUAAAGCUGAGCAGCAGAGAUUCAAAGAGGAAGCCGAGAUGCUGAAGGGGCUUCAGCAUCCCAACAUAGUUCGAUUCUACGAUUCUUGGGAGUCCACAGUGAAAGGGAAAAAGUGCAUUGUCCUUGUGACUGAGCUCAUGACAUCAGGCACUUUAAAAACGUACUUGAAACGAUUUAAGGUCAUGAAACCAAAGGUGUUAAGGAGCUGGUGCCGGCAGAUCUUGAAAGGUCUGCAGUUCCUACACACAAGGACGCCACCCAUCAUCCACCGGGACUUGAAGUGUGACAACAUUUUCAUCACUGGCCCUACUGGCUCAGUGAAGAUCGGGGACCUGGGCCUAGCCACCUUAAUGCGCACAUCAUUUGCCAAGAGUGUGAUUGGAACCCCGGAGUUUAUGGCUCCAGAAAUGUACGAGGAACAUUAUGAUGAGUGUGUCGAUGUCUAUGCCUUUGGUAUGUGUAUGCUAGAGAUGGCGACUUCCGAAUAUCCGUACUCUGAAUGCCAGAAUGCUGCUCAGAUCUACCGCAAAGUGACCAGCGGAAUAAAACCAGCUAGUUUCAAUAAAGUGACCGAUCCAGAAGUGAAGGAGAUCAUUGAAGGGUGUAUCCGGCAGAACAAACGAGAAAGGUUAUCCAUCAAGGACCUCUUAAACCACGCAUUUUUCGCUGAGGACACAGGACUGAGAGUAGAGUCGGCCGAGGAAGAUGACGGCUUCAAUUCUUCAUUGGCUUUAAGACUCUGGGUGGAAGAUCCAAAGAAACUGAAGGGCAAGCACAAGGACAACGAGGCUCUGGAAUUUAGCUUUAAUUUAGAGACAGACAUUCCAGAACAAGUAGCAUAUGAGAUGGUAAAAUCUGGCUUCUUCCAUGAGAGUGAUUCCAAAGCUGUUGCUAAGUCCAUUAGAGAUCGGGUUGCUUUGAUAAAGAAGACAAGGGAGAGGAAGCAGGCCGGCCUCUUGGGGGAAGAGCGCCGGGAUUCUCAGAGCAAACCUCCACAACCAAGUACUUCUCACCUGGCUGGAACUGAGUGUGAAGAGACAGAGGUUGAUCAGCACGUGCGAAAACAGCUCCUCCAAAAACAACAGACCCAGCCUCAUCCCUGUCCUGCCUCGGUUCCUGCUGAUGGUUUGCCCGAGACGGGAGUCGGGGCGGUCAAGCAUCCCGAUUCUUCAAGUCAACACACCAUGGCCUACUGCCCAGAUCCAACAACAGUUCCUGCCAAGGUUUCUCACAUUCCCCAGGCUGAAGCCCAACUUCCAGGGCACCCAUACCCACCUCAGCCACUGGUGGGACAUUACCAGCAAAUGCCAGGGGUCCAGCAACAAGCAACCCUUUCUCAGGCCCAGAUAUUUGUCCAGCAGUUCUCCCAGAGAGUGGAGCUGCAGCAGCCCUUCGGAGCGGAUGGCCAGGCAUCCAAUCCACCGACCUUGCCCUCCACUCAGCACCCUGCAGCAGGCAUCUUGCUCGAUCGCAGCCUUCGGAAAGGGAGUCAGAUGGUGGGCCCGACCCUGGAUGCUGAGCAGCCUUCCGGCUUCUUGCCAAAUCUCCCCACUACUCAGUACGUGACUAGUGCCCAGGGGCCCUUCGGGGUAGCCCAGCAGCUUCCAGCUUCUCUGGUUGGCCAUCAAGGCCAUCAAGGAGCCCAGCUCGCUGCCCCCCAGCUGCCUUUAGUGUCCCAGGCAUACUCAGUGGUCCAACAAGAUUCGGGCCCUCUCUGUGCAGGGCCACAGCCUCACUACUACCCAGUGCCUUGCCCACCCCCCCCAGUGACUCUGCUGCUGAAGGCUGUGGAGCCAGGCCAAGAGGCCGGACUCCAGGAGCCUGAUGCUCAGGGGGUCCUGCAGCAGUCAGAAGGUGACGGGAGGGGAGGCCUGAUCUCCCUCGGCGAACAGCGGCCUAUCUUUGUGGUGAAGCCUACUGAGCAGCUGCCUUACCCUGCCUAUCCCAUGCAGCCGCCUUGUCUGGUCCCGGCUCCCGAGCAGUCUCCUUACCAGGUGCCAGCGCAGCCACCGUAUGGCCCGGCGCCCACUUACACUCUCCCCCCACCUGCAGUACAAUCCUUCUAUUCCGCCCCCCAGCCUGGACAGGCUGCCAUGUACCACACCCAGCCUACUUACCUGGAGAAGCCCACGUACAUUAUCCAGGGGACUUACACAGGGCAGCCCAUAGACCAACCUCCUUUCCCCAUCCUGCCCCCUGAGACUUCACCGUACGCAGGCCCGGCGGCCCCCUCCUUCCAGACGACAUUCUUGGGCCGCCAGGCCCACUCGGCCAGCCCUAACCCCGAACUGCAAGCUCCGGACGAGCAGCAGCCAUACGGCAUGCCUGCCGCGGAGCCUCAGGUGUGUUUGGGCCAGUCACCGGACAUCCCUUUGGCGGGCAUGGAACAGAAGGCCCAGCUAUACCCGGCAGAGACAAUGAUGGCCGUUCCGCAGGCGGACGUCAGCAGGGGCAACGAGCAGCUCCGAAGCCCAGCUCCUUCAGUGACCAUCGGCGCUCCAAGAGCUGGCGAGGGCCUGCCCUAUCCUUUGCUGCAGCCAUCCUUCCCCCAGCAGCCUCUCUCCCCGGUCCUACUGCAGCAGGCCCAGCAGCAGCGUGUCCUGAGUCCUUUCUCAAAGUCCCCACUCACUCCACAUCAGCAAGUAGUUCGCCCUUCUCAUCUACCAGCAGUGCCGCACCUCGAGCUGCCGACUCCGGAGCUUCCCCGGAGUCAGCAAAGUCAACUCUCGUAUGGUCAGCCUGGCGCCUUCCAGCAGCAGGCCCCCUGCCAGCCCCAUCAAGCACCAGCUCUCGUCCCCCACUUGGCCACCGAGUGUGGUCAGACCCUACCUUGCCAGAAGCACCAGCCUGUGUACAGCCAGCCCCAGUGGCAGCCACCACUGAGCCAGGCACCCGUUUCGGGGCCCUUAGAAUUACAACAGCAGCAGGUGGCAGCUCUCUACCAGACUGCAGGAGGGACCCUGCCCAAGCAGUGCCCCGUGGCCUGCAUGGGCCAACUGCCCCUGACUGGCCCAGUGCUCCCUGCCUCACUUCCUGUCCAAGGCAUUCCCGUCUUGCAAACCCAACAUCAGCAUCACACUUUAAAAGGCCAGAAUGUUCCAAAGCAGAGCUUCCAGCCUGAACCCCAGCAGCCAGCAGACCACCUACAUACAGCUCCUCCGAAAGCAGAUGUGGCCCACGGCAUUACUGCCGACGGAACAGCAUCGAAGGAUGGUACCAAGGGAUUUGAGACCCUUCUCGGAAAUGGAAAACCGGAUCGGAUGAAGCAGAGGAGGGCUUCGUGUCCUCGGCCUGAGAAGGGGCCCAGAUUCCAACUGACUGUUCUCCAGGUUUCAACAUUUGGAGACAACAUGGUGGAGUGUCAGCUGGAGACUCACAAUAACAAGAUGGUCACUUUCAAGUUUGAUGUGGAUGGAGAUGCUCCCGAGGACAUCGCCACCUACAUGGUUGAAGAUAACUUUGUGCUCGAGUGUGAGAAGCGGAGAUUUGUGGAAGAACUGCAGGUGGUUGUGUGCCAGGCCCAGGAGAUCCUUCGAACUCACUCUGGUGGGGAGUUGGCUUCAUCAGACUCCAGCAGCUAUCAAACGGGAGCAGCUGAACAAGCACAGAUGAAUCCUUUGCCCAGCCAGCAAGGCUGCUCUGACUCUGCUCCUCAGUCCUCCCCAGUUGGUCGCUGGAGGUUCUGUAUCAAUCAGACCACACGCAAUCGGGAGCCCCUGAGCCUUCCUGAGUCACAGCUCCUUGCUGAUUUGGGAAACACUAGCAACAAAGAACUCUCCUCACAGGAUAUGCUCACUGUGGCAGCUAACGUGCCCCAGGAAGAGCUUUUGGCAUCCACACCAGAAUCCAAGGAUUUAGUAGACGGUAAGACUGCUGAGCACGCUGGUCCUGAAGCCGCCCGGCUAGGCCCUCUUCGGCAGGUGGAUGAGACCGAGGCGCCAGCGGCCCAUUAUGCCGGGACCCCACGUGGCCCUGCUGCUUCGGGACAUCCCGCUCGGAUUGAGUUUGCGGAGCCCAGCCGCCAAGCCUCUGGUCUGUGUCCACCCGCGUAUUUGGGGCACCGGGCCGAGGACCGCCCAGCCUUAGGUGUUUCCCAUCCUGGAGAGGCAACCACACUCCCCGAGAGGCUGGUCCCACUGCGGGGCCGUGCGUCUGAGCCGAACCCUCAGUCCUCCACGGUGACCGUGAGCACUGAGGCUGCCUCUGCCCCUCCCUCGGACAUCCUUGCUCAGAGCCCAGGCCUUGAUCCAGCCCCUCUUCAUUCCUCCUCAGUGCCCGAGGGAGAUGGUGAAAGACCUCCAAAAUUAGAAUUUGUUGACAACCGCAUUAAGACCUUGGAUGAAAAAUUAAGGAACUUGCUGUAUCAAGAGCACGGCACCGCUGGCCUGUACUCCGAGAGUCAGAGAGACACCCCAAACGCAGAGUCUCCAUUUUCCUCUUCCUCCUCGGCUGAGGAGGCGAUCUGUGGGCCUGGGCCGGAACUUUUGGGCGCAGGGUACCACAGAAGCCGAGGCAGCCUCGCACAGCGGACCGCCGUGCAGCAGGCCAGCUCGGACUUUCCAUCUCUCUCUGCCGUGGCUCAGCCCUCUAGCGCGGCUGUUGUGUUCAAAAGGGAGCCAGCCAGUGUGUCCGCUUCUGUAGCCAUCGAGUUGGAUUCACAUGAGCCGAUGCCUCAUGCUUCCCUUCCAGGGGAUGCAGCUUCGAUGUCGAGUGACAGCGGCAGCGGCAGUAGCAGCGGCAGCAGCGGUAGCGGCAGCCGUAGCGGCAGCCGUAGCGGCAGCGGCAGCAGCAGCAGCAGCAGCAGCAGCAGCAGCGGCAGCGGUAGCGGCAGCGGCAGUGGCAGCAGUGGUACUUUCCAUCCACACGUAACAGCUGAGCCAGAAUUAAGAUCCAGAGCCGCUUCCACCUCGCUGCCUCCCACAGCCGAACCCGCUCUUAACAACUGCGUGGCAUCUGGCUCUUUCCAGCGAGGCCGCUUCCAGGUGAUCACUGUACCUUAUCAACAGGUGAAAAAAGUUGAUUUUUGUGAACAAGACCACGCAUCUACAACCAAACAACUCCUGAGCGCCCCCAGCAAAGCUGCUGCCAAAGAGGACUGGCUUUCAUCACCAGACCUCAGUUCCUGCCUUGAACCUUGCCGCGAUGACCCAGCUUUGAAAGAAGGGGAACACCUUUUACCUGCCGGCCCGUGUGACAAUGAUGCAACCUCCAUGACUCCAGAGAAAGAUACUUCUGCUACAGAAAGUAGUAUACAAUCAGGACCUGAGCUAUGGCUAAAGGAUAGACCAAUGGUUGCAAUUUGGACACACCCGAGUUCCGAGAGCGAAUCUUCCACACCUCUUGGCCCUUCAGAAGAGCUGGGCAGGAAUCCCGUUGAAGAAAGAAGCUGUUGCUUACCAAUCCAAGAAGAACCAUCCUUCAUUCAGUCUCAGAGCGCACUCUUCUAUUCUCCAUCAUCCCCGAUGAGUAGCGAUAAUGAGUCUGAAAUUGAAGAUGAAGACCUAAAAAUGGAACUCCAGAAAUUACGGGAAAAACACAUCCAAGAGGUGGUGAGCCUUCAAGCUCAACAAAACCGAGAACUCCAGGAGCUUUACAGUCGUCUCCGAUCCAUCAAAGACAGCAAGUCAGAAUCCUCUGACCUGCCGCUGCAGCCUGCAUCUCCUCGACGUCCAAGAUCUUUCAAGAGUAAACUACGAAGUCGCCCUCAAUCCUUGACACACGUGGACAAUGGUAUUGUUGCUACAGACCCGAUGUGCAUGGUGAACAGCACGACAUCUUGCCAACAGUCGCCGGCCAGCAAGAAAGGCAUGUUCACUGACGACCUACACAAGCUGGUGGACGACUGGACGAAGGAAACUGUGGGGAGUGCUCUCAUCAAACCGAGCCUCAACCAACUCAAGCAGAAUCAACAAAGAUUGGAAACAGACAACUGGAACAAAACUCACGAGAACCCGUCGUCCACGGUGGCCUACACAUCAGCCUGGAUCUCAUCUCUCUCUCAAAUCCGCGGCCCCGUCCCAGCAGCCUUGCCUCAAGGAAUCUCGCUGCCAUCCUUCCCCGGAGCCCUGCCUUCUUACGGAGUGCCCCACGCCUGCCAAUACAACACCGUGGGCACCGCUGGGUAUCCGGUGCAGUGGGUGGGAAUUUCAGGAACAACUCCACAGCCUGUAGUGCUCCCCGGCCAAUCGGUGAGCCCUUUCCAACCCGGGCUGAAUUUGCCAAACUUUCCACCGUCUCCCGUGCAAAACUCAGCCCCAGGCCCCCCCGGGCCCAAGUGAAUCCACUGGUCAGGAAGGUUCCCCCCCCCUCCUGCUGUGGUGCACUCGUCAUUCCGUAGACACGGUCACUUUGUACAGCGGGUACUCCAGCCCCUCGUCCCACUUUGCCACCUGACGUCUUGUAAAACACCGGUCAGGAUGCUUCGGGAAGCUCACCCUCUGCACCCCCAUUCCCGGGAUACCCGGCCGGCCGUGGAGAGUCGUUCUUCACACACCACCACCUCGCCUCCCGGCUGCUUUCCUCCUCCUUCACCACCAUUCGGCCCAAUGAGCCUCGGUCAUAAAUCUCGCAUCCCGCUCGGGACAAUCGGCACGAAGUGGGAACCCGGUCACGUGUUCUCAACGGUCCGGCCCAUCGACCACCUUCAUGUGUUGCCAUGUUGAAUUUUAGACCAAGGCUCAUCACCCCAAGCCAGCGGGGACAGCUUCCCGUGACCACCUUCGGGGCAUAAACAGAAGGAACCAUCUGGCUGGUGCCCCGCCCCGGCACGCUCCCUUUGAACUGCGCCCCUCUCCUCGUCAUCUCGGGUGCAAGAACCAACCAGCAUUGUGCAUAUAGGGGUCGGGAGGCAGGGUGUGUGACCAACAACUGGGACAGUUCUUUAUACUACUCAGUGUUCUGUGAUCUCCUUGAUUCCUCUGUGCCGCAGGCAGCUGACGAGUGUGUUUGACUGUGGGUGCCCUCAGAGAGUUCCUUGGGACUCUGGGGGAAAAGGGCUGGAAGGUUCUAGCCCCUCGUGUGCGUUUCUGUCCCUGGUAGCAAACGUACUUAGGCCAACCCAGCUUUGGAACCUAGGCAACUUCUCCAGGGGGUUGAGCUGUGACCUCUUUUUCUUUAAGUGAGAAAGUCAGGGAGGGGGUGGGAGAGGGGACAGCAGGGGAAGGGAGGAGUGGAAGGGGGGCGGAGAAGCUUGGUUGGAAACGCCCCAGAAAGAAGGGCUUUGGGCAUUGGCCAGAGUCAGAGCCGACGUGUCAUCUGCUGUUUGAGGAAAGCAGCCCCGCUUCCUCUUCUGUUCCUGAAAUUCCCCACGAGACCCCCUUGGAGCCUCCCUGGACUUGGCCUCUGGAACCAAAAGAGCCUCAAUUGCAAGGCUCAGCCUUCCAGACACCUAGAGGUACUUGAACUCUUUCCCAUUGACUUGAAAGGUUCGGGACCUUUCUCUGUGUCUUCAGGUCCCUUUGAGGUCCCUUUGCCUAAUCUUCCCGAUCCUUCCCCCCGGUCACCGGUUUUGACCUCUCACAGAUGAGGUUCAAAGAACGUGUCCCAAGGCUUAGCCAUCACCACAGCCAAUGAGAUGACUUUUACUUGGUCUCCCCCUAAAGAGAACCCGGGCCCCCCCCCAACUUUCCUCACCCAUGUCAUGUAACAACUCAUUAGAAUUCAGCACAGAGGAGGGCGGGGGUCAUGACACCAACUCUAACCCACCACAGCAGACAUAGCUUGAAUGCUUGCGGCAUCUUUUCCCGUGUCCCUCACAUUUUCCAAUCCCUGAAAAUCUCAUUGACUCAAAGGCGGCGUACCCUGCACGCCAGUACAUAUAAAUGCCCCCAGUGAUAAAGCUGUCAAGAAUUAGGGCUCGUCUUUUGACCGGGAAGACUUCCUCUGAACCAUUUUCUUUUCACGGAUGACCCCGUCGCUUGUGAAGGGGCCUGGGUUUUGCCCGGAGACACCAACAACCCCAAGGAAGGACGGCGCGGCUGCCGACGCUCUCAUUGCUCCCGUGAGACGCCCCCUCUGGCCCGCCGAGAGUGUCCCCCCUCGUUUGCCUGCAGACUUUUGGCAGUGCCUUGUGAUAAUCCCAAUCUUUUCAGGUUUUUACUGGAAAGGAGAUUUGUUUGAAGCUGAUGGCGAAUGUCCUGCUGCAUCCAUGGGGAGCGCAGCAGCCAGGGAGAACUUGAUAGAGCUGCAGAGCUGGAUCUGUCUUGAUAUCUCUCUCUAAAUGUGGACCUAGAACAGUGAGUCCGGGACAAGUUGAAGACAAAUGUUGUGUCCGGCACUGUUGGAAGCCCUUUCCGUUUUUCCAUUCCUUCAGAGACUAGGCACUUUGUACAGACCGGCUAGUUUUCUACUCGAGGAUUUUGCAUCAUUUCGUAAUUUUGCUAAAGGAGAUAACAGUGCUAUUCUCACCUUUUCUGAGGAAUGGGAAACGCCCCAUCCGUCCCCCCUCAUCCCACACCCCCAAAUUCACUCUGACUCAAACCGAUCAAAGAAACGUCCUCGGUGAGAGCCUGCUCUAGCGGGAGGCCCCGGCCCAUCUGUUUCCAAACUUUGCAUCUCCCCAGCCCCGACACAUCUGAAAAUCUUCACCAGGA